ACUCCGCGGCUGAGGAGGAAGAAGAAGCGAGGCUCCAUUUGCCGCUCCCCGCCCCGACCAUGGAGAACGCGCACACAAAGACUGUGGAGGAAGUUUUGGCGUAUUUCGGGGUCAACGAAAGCACCGGGCUCAGCCUGGAGCAAGUGAAGAAGCUGAAGGAGAAAUGGGGCUCCAACGAGUUACCAGCUGAGGAAGGAAAAACCUUAUUCGAGCUUGUGGUUGAACAAUUUGAAGACUUACUAGUUAGAAUUCUGUUGCUGGCAGCUUGCAUAUCUUUUGUGCUGGCCUGGUUUGAAGAAGGUGAAGAAACAAUCACAGCAUUUGUAGAGCCUUUUGUAAUCUUACUUAUAUUAGUAGCCAAUGCAAUUGUGGGAGUGUGGCAGGAAAGAAAUGCUGAAAAUGCAAUUGAAGCUCUUAAAGAAUAUGAACCAGAAAUGGGGAAAGUGUAUCGACAAGAUCGAAAGAGCGUUCAGAGAAUCAAAGCAAGGGACAUUGUGCCAGGUGAUAUCGUGGAAGUGGCAGUUGGAGACAAGGUUCCUGCUGAUAUAAGAAUCACUUCUAUCAAAUCUACAACUCUAAGGGUAGAUCAGUCCAUUCUCACAGGUGAAUCUGUGUCUGUUAUUAAGCACACUGAUCCUGUCCCAGAUCCUCGUGCUGUAAACCAAGACAAGAAGAACAUGCUUUUUUCUGGUACCAACAUUGCUGCUGGUAAAGCUAUGGGAGUGGUAAUUGCAACAGGAGUCAACACCGAGAUUGGCAAGAUUCGUGAUGAGAUGGUGGCUACUGAACAAGAGAGAACCCCACUCCAACAAAAGCUGGAUGAGUUUGGAGAGCAGCUGUCUAAAGUCAUCUCACUGAUCUGCAUCGCUGUUUGGAUAAUAAACAUCGGUCACUUCAAUGAUCCGGUUCAUGGUGGCUCCUGGAUUCGAGGUGCUAUCUAUUACUUUAAGAUUGCUGUUGCUCUUGCUGUUGCUGCUAUUCCUGAGGGCCUGCCUGCUGUUAUUACCACCUGCUUGGCUCUUGGAACCCGCAGAAUGGCCAAGAAGAAUGCAAUUGUUAGAAGCCUUCCCUCCGUGGAAACCUUGGGUUGUACCUCAGUUAUUUGUUCUGACAAGACUGGUACUCUGACCACCAAUCAGAUGUCAGUCUGCAGGAUGUUUAUCCUGGACAAAGUGGAAGGAGAUAGCUGUUCUCUGAAUGAAUUUACUGUAACUGGUUCGACAUACGCUCCUAUGGGAGAAGUGCAUAAAGAUGACAAACUUAUUAAAUGCAGUCAAUAUGAUGGCCUUGUGGAACUGGCAACGAUCUGUGCGCUCUGUAAUGAUUCCUCCUUGGAUUACAAUGAGGCUAAGGGAGUAUAUGAAAAAGUUGGGGAAGCCACAGAAACAGCACUUACCUGUCUGGUUGAAAAGAUGAAUGUAUUUGACACAGACCUGAAAGGACUUUCUCGAAUUGAACGUGCAAAUGCUUGCAACUCGGUGAUAAAACAACUUAUGAAGAAGGAAUUCACUCUGGAAUUCUCAAGAGACAGAAAAUCGAUGUCUGUCUAUUGCACACCCAACAAACCGAGCCGCACGUCCAUGAGCAAGAUGUUUGUUAAGGGUGCUCCUGAAGGUGUAAUCGAUAGAUGUACACACGUCCGUGUUGGAAAUGCUAAGAUACCAUUAUCCUCAGGGAUCAAGCAGAAAAUAAUGUCUGUUAUUAGAGAGUGGGGAACUGGUAGAGACACACUGCGUUGUUUGGCUCUGGCAACCCAUGACAAUCCUCCUAGGAAAGAAGAAAUGAAUCUUGAGGACUCCUCAAACUUCAUUAACUAUGAGACCAAUCUGACCUUUGUGGGCUGCGUGGGAAUGCUGGAUCCCCCAAGAAUUGAAGUAGCUUCCUCUAUAAAGCUGUGUAAGCAAGCUGGCAUUAGAGUGAUUAUGAUAACCGGGGACAAUAAAGGCACAGCAGUGGCCAUUUGCCGACGCAUCGGCAUCUUUGUGGAAGAUGAAGAUGUUUCUACCAAAGCUUUCACCGGCCGUGAAUUCGACGAGCUCUCACUCGCUGCCCAGAGAGAUGCUUGCCACCAUGCGCGCUGCUUUGCCCGCGUGGAGCCUUCUCACAAGUCAAAAAUUGUUGAGUUCCUUCAGUCUUUUGACGAGAUUACAGCUAUGACUGGUGAUGGUGUCAAUGAUGCCCCUGCGUUGAAGAAAGCAGAAAUUGGAAUUGCUAUGGGCUCUGGUACUGCAGUGGCUAAAACUGCUUCUGAAAUGGUUUUAGCAGAUGAUAACUUUUCAACUAUUGUAGCUGCUGUGGAAGAAGGACGUGCAAUUUACAACAACAUGAAGCAGUUCAUCCGUUACUUGAUUUCUUCCAAUGUUGGAGAAGUUGUUUGCAUCUUCUUGACAGCUGCUCUGGGUUUUCCUGAAGCUCUGAUUCCUGUCCAGCUGUUAUGGGUGAACCUUGUGACAGAUGGGCUCCCUGCUACUGCUCUGGGCUUCAAUCCUCCUGAUCUGGAUAUCAUGAACAAACCACCCCGCAACCCCAAGGAGCCACUGAUCAGUGGGUGGCUCUUCUUCCGUUACCUGGCGAUUGGAUGUUACGUUGGUGCUGCCACAGUGGGUGCUGCUGCUUGGUGGUUUAUUGCUGCUGAUGGUGGUCCAAGAGUUACCUUUUACCAGCUGAGUCACUUUCUGCAGUGCAAAGAGGACAACCCAGACUUCUCUGGUGUCGACUGUGUGGUUUUUGAGUCUCCGUAUCCAAUGACAAUGGCUCUUUCUGUACUUGUCACCAUAGAGAUGUGCAAUGCCCUCAACAGUCUGUCAGAAAAUCAGUCCCUAAUGAGGAUGCCCCCAUGGGAGAAUAUCUGGCUGGUGGGAGCCAUCUGCUUGUCCAUGUCACUCCACUUCCUCAUCCUCUAUGUGGAACCACUGCCGAUUAUCUUCCAGAUCACGCCUUUAAAUGUGACGCAGUGGCUGAUGGUACUGAAAAUUUCACUACCUGUCAUUCUGCUGGAUGAAACACUUAAAUAUGUGGCCCGUAACUACCUGGAACCUGGUAAAGAUAGUGUGCGGCCUGCCACCAAACCCUGUUCUUUGUCAGCAUGCACCGAAGGAGUUUCCUGGCCCUUUGUGUUCAUUACCCUGCCCUUGGUUAUCUGGCUUUACAGCACAGACACUAACUUUAGUGAUAUGUUCUGGUCUUGACUGACAUGGUGACAGUUUUACAUUCAAAGAAAAAGUUUAACUUAAUCAAUUUUUUUUAUUGUUUAGAGCAACUGUCUAUUUCUGCUGAAUUUUCACAUGAACAUAUUUGCCGGUGAUGGAGGUUUCAUAUUCUAGGUUUUGGUUGUUGUUUUUUUUUUUUUUUUUGCUUUUUCUUCAGUGGGGGCAAUAUAUUCCUCUUUUAUACACAGUUAAAGUGUCCAUUGACAUGUACAGAGAACUAACACUAUUUUAUGCAAAUAUUUUUUUGUAGAUGAAAAGCAUGUACAGCGUUCUGUUCAAUAGUUCAUUCACCAUGUAAAAAAGAAACAAAUUUCUUUUGAGCCAGCGGACACUAUCAAACUAAAUUGGCAGCAGAUUUUAGGGAAUGAAUGUGUGUCGUCCAAAACUAAAAAGAAAACAAAAGCAUGUAACUGUUUGUCUUCUGCAUGGUCAUCCAGACUUAAUUUGUCAUACGGUCAGAUUUUAUUUUAUUCAUAAGCCAAACUUUCUGCACUGGGUAGAGAGUGCUGCUGCCUUGGUCAGCAUUUCUUCUCGUCUCCCCUCUUCCUGCUCCCUUGCUCUGGGUUCUUGACUGUCCUUGUUUACACCGGUUUCUGUAUGAGGUAUGCCUGAUCUUGCUCGUGCAGAAAAUGCCAUUCCAGGUGCAGCCUGCUGGGGUUCUUCCAUACUCAACACACACAGGUUUUUGUUUUUUUAAAAAGAUUAUUUAUUUAAGUGUCUAUUGUAUUUUUAUUGUGAGAGACCUUGUUUUGCCAGCGUUGCCCGUGAUGCAGGGAUAGGGAGGUCGACUUCAAUCUAAACCAAGCCUUUUUAACCCACACAACCUGUUUUAUUUCCAAAAGAGGGUUUCAGUUGAUUUUUUUUUUUUUUUAAUACCUUAUGUGUCAGAUUGUUUCUCCCCCACCAUUUUUUAAGGUCAAAAUUUGUAAUAAGACCUGGAAAAAUAACUUGCACUGCAUAGCUAGAAAUGGGAUUGAGUACACUUAGGGCACUAAUGAUACGUCGUGGACAUGGAGUUGCUCUGCUGGCCUGUUGUUAGCCUGACUUGAAGUAACAAGCUCGUGUGUGUUUUUUGUAAAAUCUGUAAAUAGCACAUGACCAAAUUGAACAUAUUGUAUAGAACUAUUUUUAUUUGAUGUGGCACUAACCACCUUCAUUAUUACGGUAAAUGUUAAAGCAUGUUUUCAAAUUCAGUCCUGUACCAACAACGUGUAAGUCAUUAACAGUCCUAACUGUGGUGUUUUUCUCCAAUGCCUUCCAACUUUCAUCGACUAAAGUGAGUAUUUCUCUUCCAUUUCACCAUGCCAGUGGUGACUUGCUGUAAAAUAGCGUAUACUGUAUUCAUGUUGAAGAAUAAAUAGUAAUUUCCUUCAUUCCCAUGCUGUGUUUUGUCAAAUUCUGCUGUGCUACAUUAUUAUCACCACUUUAGACUCUUGCCUUAUGGUGUGCAGCUCUGCUUAUUGAUUCUGAAGGUAAAGAGCUUGCUUUUGUUUUGGCAUAUUUUAGAUCUUACGCUGUAGCACUGAGCCUUAGCACCUCCAUGAUCUUAGCUUCUGCUCUUAAGUUGGAGAUAAAACUGGAUAAACCUCUUACUGAAGACAGUGACGGCUGUUUAUAGGAGUUUUUUAGUGUCCAGAUCCCUUGUGGUCAAAUGCUGGCUUAUCCUUAAGCUUUUUCCUGCUCUGAAAUGUGGGAAUCCCCUCAGAGCAGACUGGCCCAUCUCUUCUAAUUGCUAAUCCCAGUGCUGGAUGUGCAGGUGCUCCUCUUUGCAAAAACAGCUUGUUUCCAGAGCCUGGAAGCACUUUGAAUCACAGUCACUCGAUCAGACAAAAGAACAGGCUUGGCUUAACAGGAUAGGCUUUGAAAAUUGUACUGGGGUCGCUGUGCUUUUGUGGAGUAGCAGGUGCUGUGUUAUCUUGUGUUGGCUUGACUUUAAUAAUCCAAUUCAAACAGCUUUCUUAUUCCUCACAGAGGAAAAUGGUCGUUAAAAGCCAUGUUCUGCUGGUGCCAGCUGGAAUCCAGUGAGCACAGCUAAUCCUUCAGGUUUCAGCCUUCAAAUAUACAUGCUAACCCCCAAACACACAGAACCUGUUUGAAAUCCCACUGCAUUGUAAACACUUGCUGUUUGUAGAAAUACUGACUUCCUUUCACUGAUGCUGAAGUGACUUGGGGACACGGACCUGAUAAAAUAGGUGUUCUGCAGGACUGCAGGCACUGAUCUCCCUUGAAUGCUCCCUUCAGUGUGGCAGGAACCUGGAUGUUGUGCAUUACCAUAAGGCCAGCACCAGUCAGGUGCUGUAUCACUAUUGAAUGAGCAAUAAGGCUUGCCUAUUUCCUGAAACAGGAAACCAACAGGUCACAUGCAUCUAUUUUGGUCUGAAGGAAUCCUAAAUCACAGGUGUUGUCAUCAUUGUUUUAAAGAACACUGGCAGGUGCUCCCAGCACGGUGCCCACGCUCCUGAGAAUUCUGCUUCCUAAUGCCUUUCUUCCUGUCUCUAAGAAGCUGAAGGGGAAAAUGGCUGGAGAAAUGAAAUUUGGUCUUUCAACACCUUUUGCAGGAUCUCUGUCUUACACACUCAGCUGUGUGUCGAAGACGAAGCUUGCUGAGAGCUCCCACAGCAAUUAACUCGGGGUAUCUCACUUGUAUUUAGAGCCUUCUGUUGCUUGGAGUUUACCUUUGAGAGCUGGGCAGCUGGUGGGUCAACGUGGCAUUUAUCCCUCUGACGGCACCUGCAGCCUCAGGAGCCCAGUUCUGUUAGAAUAUUCCUAGCUUGUUCAGGCUGUCUUCAUCUACCUGUGCUUUUUCUUGCCUUUCUCCUGCUCCUGUCUGGAUUUCUGUGUGGAGCUGGAGCAGCAGGUUUCCCUGUGAUCAGCACUUAAUGCAUUCAGUGGCAGUGUCACUCUGCUUUCAGUACUUGUGCUUUCCCAGUGUCGCUGCCAAAGAUGGGUGCCAGGCUGACGUGGACUUAGCAUAGAUUUAGUAGCCAGCAUCUCAAAACUAAAGUUUUUGCUCAAUCUCCUUGUCCUGUAUUUCUGGCCUCCUCACAGUACUGGGGUCACCUGGGGACAGGAAUGGAAUUCCUGGUGCAGUGUGAGCCCUGUGAGCGCGCUAACAGAAGCACUUAUGUAGGUAGAAGAAACACAAAGGUAUCUGUUUUAUCUCACUCUAUUUUUAGGUGACUUCCUACCUUUUGUUUCCCUGUGCUCUCAUCUCACUGAGCUGCUUCAUCUCUCAGUCUUCUGGAUUCUGUAGCAUUCUUAGUGCUGCUGUUCUUUUUUUUGGUGGGUGUGAGAUUAGUAUCCAUUGUGACUGAUGGUGCACGGAGCAUCAGUGCUGCAGGCCUGUGCUGGGGGAGCAGUGGGUUUUGCUAUGACAGCAGCUCCUCCUGAAUUCAGUGUCCUGUGGGCUGGUCCAAAUCAGAGCAAAGAUGAUGGUCAGGCAGCUGCAGUCAUGUGUCAGCAGCGUGGAGACAAAAGCUUUUAUCUUCCCCGUGCCCCGGGCUCUCUUGGCUUUCGCAUGUGAGUGGUUCCAAGUCCCACUUCAGAGCUCCACAACUAGCUGUGCCUUUUUGUUGCCCAGGCACUGAAAUUAGUUCAUGGUUUUUGCCCAAAGCAUUAUUGCAAAAAAAAAACAACCCACCAACUCAGUAUGAAAGAAGCUGCAGAAAAAUACACACCAGUCUGUCAGAGUGCUGCGAAGCUUGUGGUUGUAAAGGGGCCAUUCUGGAAAAAGCUAAUGGUAAGAAAAUGAGUUUUUAAUCUGAUGAUAAAAUGCAGUACAGCAGUCCUCUGUCACAGUUCCAAGAACACAGCUGAUGCAAAGAAUGUAUCUGGUAGCUGCUUAAAGGCUGUUGAAUUCGCUGAGAUGAAGGGAGGUAAAACUGAUACAAACCUGUCUGUCUCUUGCACCUGUCUUGUUUACCUCUUUGCACUUCUAACCAUUAACUGUUUCCCUAAUCUCUGCUAUUUACAUCCUUAAUGACAUUAAUAUCAUGCAUUCUCAAAUCCUAGCAGGAGAACCUAAAUUUUAGUGUUGAAGCAGAGUUUUGAAGAGCCAGCAUUCAGUCCCAGGCAGUCAGAUACACCCUCCUUGCUGACACAAGGCCAACCUGGUGCUGUGGUGCGGGGUGCAGUACGCCCGGAGCUGGGUUGUACUUCUACCCUUUGCCUACACAUUAAUCUGCUUAGUUAAUGACUUCUUUAAAGCUUUCCUACUGCUUCACAGAACGAGCUGCCAAGCUUGAAAGAGGGACAUUGUUAGGUCACUCCUGGGCUGAAUUUGCAAUAUAAUGUCUCAAUUAGGGGGGG